AUGACAGUGCGAUGGCCCUUCCCAACGGUGGAUGUCCCAGACCACCACCACUACACCCUCGGGUCCGUCAUCCUCGCCGUCGGCAUCACAGGCAUGGUUGGAAACUUCCUCGUAAUGUAUGCCUUCUGCAGGAGUCGGAGUUUACGUACUCCAGCCAACAUGUUCAUUAUUAACCUGGCGUUGACAGACUUCCUCAUGUGUGUGACUCAGACCCCCAUCUUCUUCAUCAACAGCAUGCACAACAGGUGGAUCUUUGGAGAGAAAGGUAAACCAUAGAAAUGGGAUUAUGGG